AUGUCAUAUUCUAGUAAUUCUACGACACUUCCGUCAAUAACAGAUUUAAAUUCACAAUCUUACGGUGCUUUUACUUCUUCUAUAAAUCUCUUAUUCGAACCUGCACCACCACUUGCAACUAUAUUAUACUCUUGUCGUCCUUUUGCUUCUUACGAACAUUUAAUUUCAACUGCUACUCAAAUCAUUUUUGGUGACAUUGAAAAACGCGAUACCGAUGAUUCCACAGGAAAUACUAACCCUCAACAAUUAACGUUCUCCCAAAAGCUUGAGGUUAUAAAUGCUCAUCCACGUUUAGGUGAAAAUAAAAAAAAUCUUUCGGCAUUAUCAUUAAAAGAACAGGGCUAUCUUCAAAAUAAAGACAGCACUAAUGAUAGCAAUAGUUCACCUGCUACACUUCUGUUAACAGAUGAAGAUGAAAUAGUAAACUCAAAACUUCAAUCAUUGAACCAACAAUACGAACAAAAAUUUGGGUUUCGGUUUGUGAUAUUUGUUAAUGGUAGAUCUAGAAAAGAAAUUAUACCCAUAUUGGAAGAUAAAUUGCAAAAUGGGAAUCAAGAAGACGAAUUGAAUAGAGGAUUGUUAGAUAUGAUGAAUAUUGCUUCAGAUAGAUUAAAAAA